AAGGUCUCGGAAUUUGGGAACUAAGUCAGGUGCUCGAUUGUCAGAUAACCAAACUAAGGAUGACAGGAAGGUAAAGGUGCAUAAGGAAAUUAGUGUUUACGAUCAAUGGAUCUUUUUCCUGAAAGGAGACACAUUAUGGAUGAUUCUCUCGAGUCGGUGACUGUGGUUGAUGUAUAUGACCAGGCUGCAGGGAUUGGCAAGGAAUUUGAAAAGCUGAUCGAAAGCUAUGGCGUUGACGCUGUAACUGAUUUGAUGCCAAAAGUGAUAAAGGCCUUGGAGCAGUUAGAAAGUCUUGCAGGGAGAUACGAGAAAGAAAGCAGUGAAAUAUCGGAACUUAGAUACACUAUUGAUAAAUUGGAAAAUGAGAAACGAGAAAGAGCACAGGAGAGACACCGCUAUGAAGAAGAGCUUCUGCAGAUUGAGGAUAACUGGCAGAGAGAGACAAAGGAUUUGUUGAAGGCUGUGUCCAACCUACAGGAAGAAAAUAAACGCCUACAAGAGAGACUGGUGGACACUAAACAGGCCGUGGCAGAGGAGGUGGAGGCUGUCACCAGAAGUGAGUUUAAGGUGUCAGAUGAAGUAUGA